AUGUCAUACUAUCCAGGCCAGUACGGUUCAUACGGUCAACCUCCUCCUCCUCCUCAAUAUCCACCUCCACAACAAUCGUAUGGUGGAUACCCUCCUCCUCCUCAACCACCACAAGGUUCAUAUCCACCACCUCCUCCACCUCAGCAACAUCCAGGUCCAUAUCCACCACCUCCACCACCACAAGGUUCUUAUCCUCCUCCUCCAGGUGGUAACUAUCCACCUCCACCGCCUCCUCCAGCAAGCUCUUAUCCUGGUGCAGGUCCAUAUCCACCACCAGCAGGCUAUGCACCACCUACAACACAGCCACCUAACUACCGUCCCUAUGGCAAUGGCGCCAUUCAACCACCUCCAUACACUGGUGAGGAUCCUGGAUUCAGACCCAACGACCCAUCUCUUGCACAAGCGAAUUAUCCACAGCCCCCCAAUUCAAUGCAUAACGCCCAACCCAGUCCAGUACCUUAUGGUCCACCCGGUGGUGGUAACAUGGGCAAUUUUGUCAUGCAUGUCAAUCCUGCUAUGCAAAACCGACCUCCUCCGAAUUUCCAACUUUCCAACUGUCAAGGACGCAAACGUGCUUUGUUGAUCGGUAUCAAUUACUUUGGAUCCCCCAAUGAGCUCAAAGGAUGCAUCAAUGAUGUCCACAACUUGAAGGAGUUUUUGAUCUCCCUUUACCAUUUUCGUCAGGAAGACAUGGUGGUCUUGACGGAUGAUCAAUCGGACCAACGUUUUAUCCCAACCAAACAAAACAUGAUUGCAGCAAUGCAAUGGUUGGUUCGUGAUGCACGUCCCAAUGAUUCCUUCUUUUUCCAUUACAGUGGUCAUGGUGGAAGAGUUAAGGAUACGAAUGGCGAUGAAGAUGAUGGAUGGGACGAGACCAUUUAUCCUGUGGACCAUCAAAUGUAUCCUGGCAAGAAUGGCCAAAUUGUUGAUGAUGAUAUGCAUGAAAUCAUGGUGCGACCCCUUCCACCCGGUUGUAGAUUGACGGCGAUCUUUGAUAGCUGUCAUUCUGGUACUGCUCUUGAUCUUCCUUAUGUAUAUUCGACUCAAGGCACUCUCAAGGAAGCCAACUUAUUCAAGGAUGCAGGAUCUGGAUUGUUAAGUGCAGGCAUGGCUUAUGCAAGUGGUAAUAUUGGUGGUGCUCUAUCAAGUGUGAUGUCUCUUGGCAAAAACCUUCUCAAUGGCAAAUCCGUGGAUGAGCGUGUGAAACAAUUCAAGAGCUCGGCAGCAGAUGUUAUCAUGUUUUCGGGAUGCAAGGAUCAACAAACGUCCGCUGAUGCAUUCGAAGCCGGAAGGAGCACGGGCGCUAUGAGUCAUGCUUUCACCACUGCUUUACGUGCCAAUCCCCAUCAAUCGUAUUUGCAACUCCUUAAUUCUGUACGUGCAAUUCUUCGUGAAAAGUAUUCUCAGCGUCCACAACUAUCAAGCUCGCAUCCAAUUGAUGUCAAUUUGCAAUUUAUUUGCUAA